GCGAAAGGGUGGAUCUCAAACGAUCUUGCACCAUGCCCCUCGUCGGGCGUGUGAUUCCGUCACGUCACGCGUGCGCGUCAGCGACGGCGCGGUCCGACGCCUCGGCGUCUGAAGCGCUGCACCAAGCGCACGCUACAAGCGUCACGGGCAUUCUCAAGCAGCUCGGGCUCCUUGCCACCUUCGCCAACGACGUCUUUACCGAAGUCACGGAAGAGGCCAAGAAGACGAGCGAGCGCAUGCGCGCACUUGGCGUCCGCGUUGAUGGCCUUCUUCAGCACCCCGACGCCGAGAUUGAGGCCGACGCCAGCAACAACCAAACCGAAGCUCUCAAGGACGACGCAGUGCGCUUCUCCCAAAAAACUAUGCCGGCCGCGAUGCAAGCGCUGUACGCAGCGUGCGAGACGCCGCCCCCGUUGGAGACGCUCGAUGUCUUUGGCAAAAGCGACGGCGCGUGCCAAAAGAAGUUUAGCCACCCGGCUUUCUUCCUCGAAGAGUGGAUGGCGCGGGAGACGGCGCGCCAAGACGCCGCCAAAGCUGAGAAAGCGGCCCAGCGCAAGCUCAAGCGAGAGCUCCGUGCCAUUCGCGCGCGAGAGACGCCCGUGGGCCUCACGCACACCUUCCUCACGGUGCAGACGUGGAAGGAAAAGUAUGGCAACGGCGAAGGCGCCGAGCUCCGCAUCAGCAGCCGCAAGGCGCACGAGCUGCCCAGCAUAUGCAUCGAAGAGCCGACAGCGACCGAUACGGCGCUUCCAGAGCAGCUGCACGACGAAGCAAUGGAGGCGUAUGUGCCGCCUCCUCCACCGCCGCCACCAGCGAACGAGAUCGAGGUCAUGGACACCGCGGCUGCAUCGCUCUCAAACGAAAAACCAACGACGCCUUUGUUCCAAGCGGCCAUGAAGGAGCUUCUUAUGGUAGCGUCAAAGCCUCCUCCGCCCCCACCGGCCAGCCCUCCCCCGAUGCCACCGGCAUCCUGCGAAGCAAUGGACUUGGUGCCACCGCCACCACCGCCACCACGAGUGGUUGCUGGAGUGUCGCCAAAAAAACACAAGCCUGUGUCGCUUCUGCACGAGAUCCAGGCAGGCGCCGUCUUGCGCAAGGCGGAGCUCGCCCCCGUCGGUCUUCCAGCCCGCGACGAUCUGCUUCGUCAAUUGCAGUUGAAGCAGAAGCUGCGACCGGUCGAACGCCACGUUGUCAAGCGGCGGGUCGAAGACACCGCGCCAAAGUUCACUGGCGCCAUUGCACGCGUCCUCGCGCGUCGGGCAGCGAUCGCCGGUGACAGUGACGACGACGACUCGGACAGUGACACCGAGUGGUAGCCUUCACGAGCCGGCUACGGAGAGCAAGUCACAGUCAUUCCUUCGCAUUCCGCUAUGAUACCAGUACCAGUUGCUUACGUUGGACAAAAUUAUGGACGAUUCAAAUAAAUUCAUAAGACUAGUAAUAUCUGUACAGCGUGGU